AUGAAAUAUUCUUUCAUAGAACAGGUUUAUAGUGUGGAGACUGCACCCACUCAAAACGCAGAAGAUUUGAAAUAUAUGAGAGUAGAGAAAAAUGAAACAGAGGCAUUGGACGACGAUGGGGUAAUUGAUCUUUCCAUUUUAAUUAGUCCGACUAAUGUAACUAUUACUUCUUUUUCAGAUAUGUUAGUGGAGCCAAGUAUAGAGGAGUCCGAACAGAAAGUGAUGGAGAACUUUUCCAAGAAUGAGGUAGUAGUUGGAGAAGAUACAUCUGGUAUGUUACAAUUAAUACUUUCUUACAAAUGCAAUGAUCCACGUAUAUUUACUCUACCGUGUUCUAUUGUUGAUAUAAUUGAUGAAUGGAAAUUUCUAAAAUUAGAGUCGAAACCGCCACCUAUAUCUCUAGAUUGUGCAUAUGGACAUCUUCCUCAACCUCCUGCAAUAGGACUAAAGAUAGAUGCAAUUUUAGAAAGGCUAGAUAGAUGUGGAGUAUUUAAGGAAAUUGUUAGGGGAGAUUAUUUUCCACCUCAUUUUGCUGAUUCUAUAUAUGCAUUUGAAUCUGAAUCAAGUCUAUCUAACUUUGAUUUUAUUGAAAUUUGCUCAGGGUUUUAUCAUAUUCCAUUGUUAGCAUCCCCCAACAUCAUUCAAUCAAAAAUUCAGAACUCCAUAAGCUGGAUUCCUUUUAUUUUGCCGAAACACCAUAGUCGCUCAAGUUUACCACCAUCAUCAACCGUCUCUCUCUUCACUGCCGCUCACACUUCAUCACCGUCGGUGUUGCUUCUGAUUGCUGCCGCUGAUCGCUGCUACUCUUUUCUCCGAUCGCUGGCGCAAUUGUUGCCUGUUGCUGGCGCCGUCAGCCACCAUACCAUCCUCAAUCACUCUGCUGCUGCUCUCUUUCCGUCAACUACCAUCAUCAUGAAUUACUUCGCUGCUGCAAUUCUAGAACCUUCAUCGACCGCUGUGCCAAUCCAUUUGCCGCUGCGUCAAUCUACCACCAUCCACCGCAUCAUCCUCAUCAUCGGCGAGCCGUUCGUCAGACGCCAACACCAGCAUCCAUCACGUCCCUCUGCAGCUGAGAUUCCGAAGCUCGUCGUCGACCCGAUUGUCGCCACGGUUGUCUGCUGUUCCAACUCCUCUGUUGCUGGCGGUUCGUGCUGCCGGUUUGGAGUCCACGUUGCUGUUGAUAUUUCCGUCAACGUGCAUCGUCUUUAUUUCGUCAUCAUCAUUGAUGCUUCAACCUUUGAUCCGCCGUCCUUCCUCCUUGGAGCAGAAUUACCAUAA